UUUAAAACCCGCCCUCCGCCCUCUAUUCUCAGUCUCUCAAUCCUCCAAAUGCUCCUCAUCCCACCAUGUCGUGCACCGCCAAACAUGGAAUCGUUUCUCUUCUCCUCUUCUUCCUCUUCGUACUCCUUUCUCCGCCUCCCUCCGCCGCCCAACCGAUCAAUCAGAGCGACGAGCGUUACUCCUACGCGCGUUUCAGCCCUUCCAUGGCCAUAAUUGUUGUCGUUUUGAUAGCUGCUCUGUUCUUUAUGGGUCUUUUCUCGAUUUACAUCCGGAACUGCUCCGAUUCCAACGCCAACAGCGUCCGCCCUGUAGCUGCUGGAGCCGGCCGGUCGCGGCGCGGGACGCGCGGGCUUGAAGCGUCGGUGAUCGAGACUUUCCCCACCAUGGUUUACUCCGAAGUUAAGGUUCACAAGAUCGGGAAAGGGGCUCUGGAGUGCGCGGUUUGUUUGAAUGAAUUCGAAGACGACGAAACACUGCGUUUGAUACCCAAAUGCGAUCACGUUUUCCACCCUGAAUGUAUCGACGCUUGGUUAGCUUCUCAUAACACUUGCCCCGUCUGUAGAGCUAAUCUCGCUCCUCAACCAGGUGAACCAGUGAGUCAACCCACCGAGUUGAACAACUCUGCCGCCGAGGUAGACCUCGAGGCUCAGAACGACGACGGUGAGUCGGAAACGGACGAAGAAAGGAGAAGAAACAAUAAUGUGAACUGCGACGUGGAUGCCCAAGUUGCUCCGGAGGUUGAAGUAAUCAGUUUGAGCCGAACUUUAAACAGGAACCGCACACGUGGAUCAAGAUCGAGCCGUGCACGUAAACUCUUUUUCCCGCGGUCUCACUCCACCGGACACUCUUUGGUCCAGCCAGGUGAGAACACCGACCGUUUCACUUUGCGUUUGCCGGCCGAGGUCCGAAAGCAGUUUAUGAAACGGGAGCUGAACCGGGCACUGAGCAUGGUGGUGUUGCCCAGGGAAAGGAGUUCGCGACGGGGGUUCCGAACCGGGGAAGACGGCGGGAGCCGUAGGGGAAAGUCUUUUAGGCGGCUCGAGAGGUUGGACCAGGGAGUUAAGUCGGACCGGUGGGUGUUUAGCAUGACACCACCGUUUUUCAGUAGAGCAUCUUCCAUGAAGUCACCAAAGGUGGCGGCAAAUGAUGGCGAAGGAUCCUCCUCAAGUUCGCCGGUUGGACCGGUGGGUGACUCAAGCCGCCCUCCGGUUUAAUAGCUCAUUAAUUUCUUUUAAUAGUUUAUUGAUAUUUAUAAUUAAUUUUUCGACUUAAAAGCCACGGUUUUGUGUAGAUAUGUACAUUGUCUAUGCAAUGUUUUUCCUAUCAAUAUUUUGUCUAGAUAAAAAUUUAAUUUCCAUA